CAUGCAUGAAACAAACAGGUGGUCUCCUACUUGCUCAUCACCGAACUUGAUCUACUCCAAUUUGCCUUCAACACUUUGAGCGAGUUUUUGAAGGAGUGAGCGCAUCAUUAAAUUUCACUCGCUGGCUUAUUCCUCAACAUGCAGGAGCCAAAGUUUACGGAAUACUGUUAUCCUAAGUUUCCCAAAAGGUGGGGUUAUCAUGUGUUUGGCCCUGAUCAUCCUCGGGUCAAUAUAACUCACAUCGCUGGUGGAUGCUUUGAAAAUGUUCGCCCUGGAAAUUGUGAGGGACAUCAUUUUUCAUUUCGUGUGCCGCCGGAACAGCCUACUGCUCAUACUGGAACUCAUCGACCUGAGCCUGGGCCAGAACCCAAACCAUCCCAACGGACAAAUACUUCCCCGAUUGAAAUUCAAAUGAAGAAAAUCUAUCGGAGUAUGCUCUUUGAUAAGAAUUUAGGGGGCGAAAAUCUGUUCAAUCGGCGCCGAUCUGAGGAUAAAGAUGGUGGGCCACAUGGUGGUGGUCAUGCUCACACACACACUGCUGGGCCUCGUAUGACUGCCACUGCGGACUUCACGGAUAAAGGUGGACCGAGAGUAACAGCUACUUUUGCAGCUGGCUAUACUUCACCGCCAAGAUUUAACACAAAUCGUCACCGAACUCCGUCGCCACUAAAUCAUCCGCCUGCUGAUAAACCCAAAGAACCCAAUCCAAAAUUCACAACGAUAUUUGAUAUACGGUCCACGCCAACUCAAACUCUGAACAGGGAGAAUGGGCUUAUGGACCAUGGGAAUACUGACCAAGAGAGAGCCAUGAAUCUGUCAACAAACUCAAGCCUUGAGAUGCACAGCCCAACUCCAAAUGGAGAUCAUGCAUCGGAGAAUGGCGAUGUUCACUCAUCCAUGCAGAAUGGUUCAGCAAUAAAAACAAAACGAAAAAGUAAAACAAUGACGGACUUCCCUCAUCAGCCUCCAUUGCUGUUGAUGCAGCAGCAACAUGGACUUAUUCCACAGCCAAUGCAGCAAUUACUUCAGCAGCAUAUCCCAUCACCUCAGCAGCUACAGCAGGCCAUGCAGCAGUCAGCAUUCUUACAGCAGAGUGGUCAUCAAAAGCUCCACGAACAACUCAUACAGCACAUGAAUGAACAGUUACAGUUAAACAUUGUGCAGCAGUCCCAGCUGAUGCAGCAAGCCGCCACUGACAAGAAACAGAACUCUAAGCAAAUCCAAACCCAGUUGCAGCAGCUUGCCAUCCAGCAGCAGCAACUGGUUCAGCAGAUGCAGCUUCAGCAGAGACAGUACCUGCUCAGUCAUGGGCUAGGGUUGCCACAGUUUGGAAUGCAUCAGGGUAUGAAUCCACUUGAGCUACAGCAACUCUGGAAAGAGGUCGCCUCACAAUCUGGCACUGAUGAAAGUGCCGUCAAAAAUAAUGUCACCAAUGGCUUUUCAAUAGGAGGUCCUUCAUUACUCCCUUCGCUUAAUGGUAUGAUGGAUGGAUCAUACAUGAUGCCAGGUUUAUUAGGGCAGUCUGGCUCCAUCCAACUCCUAAAAACAGAUAGUGCUUCCACCCAGAACACAUUGUAUGGCCAUGGUGUCUGUAAGUGGCCAGGAUGUGACACACCAUGUGAUGAUUAUGCUGAUUUCAUGAAACACAUGAAUAAUGAGCACACCCUUGACGACAGAAGUACAGCACAAGCUAGGGUACAAAUGCAAGUUGUAUCUCAGCUCGAAAUACAGCUGAAUAAAGAGAGAGAACGCCUUCAAGCGAUGAUGCACCACCUCCAUAUGAAACCUCACAAUCAGGAGCAGCCGAAACAAGACAAUCACAUGCCACCCAGCCCAGUCAUUCCUCCUCAAAAGCCCAGGGAACGCGAACGGGAACGUGAGCGUGAGCGUGACCGGGAGCGGGAUGAGCGGCCGGUUUCCCCGCCAUCUCCUGUCAACUUGGUCAAGCCAAUCAUCUCGUCCGCUUCCCAGCCGAUGCUGAUGUCAUCGAUGCCAUCUACGCCAACGUCAUCACCCCCUGAGCCUCGUGACCCCACCAAUAGUCUCCCCUCGUCAAACAGCAUGGCUGGACCAAUCAGACGACGGGUCUCAGACAAGUGUAAUCUUCCAAUAUCAGCAGAUUCUUCUAUUCCAGAAAUACAAAGAAAUAGGGACUUUUAUAAAAGUACAGACGUACGACCGCCAUUCACCUAUGCUUCUUUAAUUCGUCAGGCCAUAAUCGAGUCCCCCAAUCGCCAGUUAACGCUGAAUGAGAUUUAUCAGUGGUUCACAACGACGUUUGCAUACUUCCGGCGGAAUGAGGCCACCUGGAAGAAUGCUAUACGCACCAACUUGUCCCUGCAUAAAUGUUUUGUAAGAUAUGAGGAUGAUUUUGGGUCAUUUUGGAUGGUCGAUGACAUGGAGUUUAUACGACGACGCCAUCUAACACGAGGUCGACCGAGAAAAUAUCAUGACUCAGAAUCUGCCGCGGCACAAAUGCAAAUGAAGAGCCCGUCUAUGACACAGAGUCCUCAGCUUUAUGGGGAGAGCUUGAACGCUAGUCUCAGGGCUGCCCUAGCGGAGAGUGGUAACGUGUCGUUGUUGUCCAAUCAAAAUUCAUCAAUGCAGGAGGAGGUCGAGGACCUGUCGCUGAAUAAAUACAACAGCAGUAUGAACAGUUCGAAUGAAGACAGCACUGAUUACGGUUAUUGGACGGCUAAAGACAGUGAGUGCGUGGACGAAUGGAUGAAUGUCUGUGACAAUUUGGUGCUGAACUUAAAACAGGAGCUUAACGCUGAUGAACAGCUGAUGCAUCUGGCGGAGAGGACGCGCCAGGAGUCUGGCAGCCACCAUGACAUGGAGAAUGACCUUGAGAAGUACAGAGAAGGUAGCCUUGACCUUAAAUACAAAGAUGACCUUGAGAAAUAUAAAAAUGACCUUGAGAGGUUCAAAGAUGAAGAAAUGCAGGAUGAGGAAAGCCAUGAACAGACUGGGUCAGAUGAAGAGCGAUCGCCGGCAGGAUCAUAUGGGCAGCUGUCGCCGAGAUAUGAACAAUCGCUUGGCUUGUACAACAAUUUCUCUGCCGAGGAUUCAGGGCGUCCUCUCGCCCUGACAACAGCGAGUUAACAUUCCACGCUAGUCUCAUUGUCAGUAAACAUCUCAUGUCGAGAUUCAUCAAAUUCAUGCAAAUAUGCGCUGUGAACUUUUGAGUCACCAGUGCAUGCAGUUGCUCCCUAUUACAUUGAAGUUACAGGCUCACCAAUUCUAUGCGUUGGGUCUAGCCUUGAAGUUCUUGCAUGAAGUAUUGACAUUUGUUUUCAGUUAGCGAUGUUUCUCAUUCAGGUGUUACAAAAGUUCGCUAUAUACCUAAACUUUGUCUCUCAAACAGACUACUAGUCCUGUACCAUUGCAAGGUUUAUUUCAGUUGUGUUACAUGCAGAGCAGUAUACAGUAUGUUACUUGCCGCAGUAUUUGAAUUGUGCUAAACUUUUAUGUGAAGUGCUUGUCUGUUUGGAUUUCGAAGAAAUUUUCUCGAAUCAACUUUUUUUUGAAAAAUAUGUCUGUAUGUUAUUUUACAUUGGUGAUUUAUCAGUAGGUUCAAAGCAGUGGGACGUUUAGUUCAUUUUGUGUAAAAGGGUAUAUUGAACUAUGUAUAUUUGAGUUGAACAUGCUAAAAACCUGUACAGAUUUUGUUGCAAAAUGCGACUUUAAUUGCAGUAUGCAAAAUGGCUUUGACAUAAUGUGUUACAAUCAGUCAACAGUACUUCAGGGAGUGUAUAAAGGGUGUAGUAAACAUGUGAACAUGACAUUAAACUUUACCCACCAGUCAGUCCAUGUCUCAUUUCUAGGACUGGCUAUAUGUGGCAGUUGUCCAGCUAUUCAAACAUAUCAUGCAUGACAGCAUUGGAUAUGGCCUAAUGUUACUUUUGAGAGAAACACAAAUACCUGGGGAGUUGCUCCCAUGGCAUGUACACAGCAUCCUUGGGCCAAAAAAUGCGUGAUGGGGGCGGGGGUUGUUCUGAAUGGGGCAAAUAGAUAGAAUAGUGUGAUGUGUAUAUUUAUGAUUGUCGUUGCAAAUUAGUAAUUUAAUUUUGAGAUUGAUUAGCCGCUAUCAGCCAUUAGGUGUUAGAUUCUUCGAGAUGAAUAUCUAUAGUUGAAGUUAUUGGUUCAUUUAAAAACCACUCAGGAUUUAGACUAGUCACCUUGUAGUGGCUUCUUCAUCAUGAGUGCUAGUUGUCAUGUAGAAGCUGGUAAUUCUAAGUUGAAGAAGUGUUAGCAAUGGUUCCAAUCGGAUCAAGAUAGCCAUCUUUUGGGAGGAUCAUUGAUUUUUAUGCAGACUGGUGGUGGCACCUGGAGGUUGAUGGGUGAACCAAUAACCUCAACUAGAUCAUCUGCUUUGAGUGAACAUAAAUAUCAAAGAGCUUCAAAUUAGGUGGUCGAUAUUGUCCAUUAGAACAACCAGAAAUAGACUUAUGUUACAUGCCAACAUAGUCAUCCCUGCAGUUAGGCCAUGAGGUAAUCGGAGGCAUGCUAUAUGUCAACAGUUCGAAUUGUUGCACCAGUAUAAUCUAAAAGCUUAUGGCAACCUGUUGUGGGGGUCUGGUAAAACACAGUAUUUUGUAUUUGAUGUAAUUUCUGGUAAUUGGAAAUAUUAGGUCAUUAAAGGAGUACUCCAGUUGUCCAAUGAUUUCAAAUUUAAUUUGAUUUUCCAAUUUUGUAAAUACGUACUGAAUAUGAAUUUCAACCUUGUCUAGAUUGAUACACAAAUAUUAUAAAGGUCAAGUUUCAGUGAAUUUGUGUGCAUAAUAACUGCACCAGGGCAAUGUUUAUUUCUGUUUACGAGAGCCAUGAGAAAAUACAAUGUACACAAACAGCUUUGACCUUUGAUGCCGCUUACCUCAGAUUCAUUCACUCGGGCUGUAUGCCGUGCCAUUUUCAUUACCAUAGAGAUUGCAGGGUACCGGUGGUUUGACUGUUAUCUCGAAUUCGUUUAUCAUUCAGCAAUAAAGUUGUGCUGGUGUGUAAUGUCACUCCUGGACAUUUAUUUUGGUUCUUUCCACUUCAGUCUUGUGAAAAACCUUGCAAAUCACAGACCUUGUUAUGAUCAGCCUUUGAGAAUAAAUAGGCACAAACACUUUAUUUUUAUUUUGACUUGACCAUAGACCAGUAUGCAUUUUUGGUUCAGACAGCUUAAUAUUUUCAAGUAAGAGACUAUGAUCUCUUGUUGUGGCAUUUCCCUCUACCACUAAUAAUUUCUUCGACCUGUAAUUGAACACAGUCGACAGCUUAAAAUGGUCAACAUCAAGUUUUGCCUGAUUUAAGCCAGUGUUACUUUGGAAUCUCUUACAUAAACUUUGGUUCACCGAACUUUGCUGCCUGCCCUUCGAGUGAUUAUACGACAGUAGACACUCUUCUUCCCAACUGGCCGCAAAAUGUAUUGCUCCAGCAAAUCCGUAUACAUAUUUCAAAAUGAAUUUUGGACUUGAUAACGCGACUAAUGACAUAUGUGGAUGGGCUAAUGACAUACAUGUGCACUGCUGAAAUACAUCCCUAAAGGAUUGAUUGCAAAUACAAUGUACCUUCCACUAAUUUGAUUGCAUCUGAGACAAUUAUCACUGGUGUCAAUGAAAGCAAUGAUGGAACUUGAUUUAUAUUAUAGAAUUUAAUCAAAUCUAUGAGGAUUUCCUUCAGUUCUUUAGGGUUCUUGGUUAUUUGCAGUGCAUCUUGGUUUGUACAGGUGAACUGUACUGUAUAUUCUGUAUUGGCAUUUAAUGUGUGCAUUUAUUCUAUAUGUUUUGUAUUCUUAACAUAGACCUGUUUUGGUGAAGAAUUGGUUGACAUCUGUCAGCAAAGUGCCCCUAGAUUGUGAGUGUGGAAGAGGCUGCCUUGUGCCAAUAUAAAAUAUGGUUUGAAUUGGGGGCAUUUUGUGGACAGAACAGUUGAGGACAACCCGCAAGCGACAAUGUUACACUUUUAAAUUGGUUCAGUUGUUGUUGUUUUAUCGAGGUUGGGUUCAAUUACUUUUAUUCAGGUAGGGGUUAUGUUACCAAAAGCUAAGACAGUUUUUCUGUUUAUUUGAACAGGUAGAACUGAGGGCAAUGCUUAAAGUACAUAUGGAAUAAGCCAUUGGGGCUUUUGAGGUGGUCAUAGGCCCUAUGCUAUUUGAAAUGGAGUAUUUCAUGACAAAAUUGUGGGUGCUGCCAUCUGGAGGGUCAUUCAAGGUCUUUUGAACACGUGACAGUAAAGGUCUUCUCUUGUUGAUGAAAACUGCCCUUAGUUAAUCCUCCAUCUUCCUUACGAAUCUUUCCUCUAUUAGUGAUGGUCUUCAGAUGUAUACGGUCAGAAGUAUAAGCUCCACACAGUCACGGCAAUCAAAAGAGGCCAUUGCAUGGCCAAUGUUAUCGAACAUACAAGAUCGGGUUAAUGCAUGCAUGGCAUUGUUCUCUUGAGCUUUAUUGUAGUGUUAUCAGAAGACCACCAAUAAUAGUCUUUACUGUUGAAUUCUACUUCAACGCAAUAUUUGUCAAAGUCAGUGUACAUUACAGGUAGGAAACGUGUGUCCAAAUACUCUAAAAUGACCUCUAUAAGACCAUAAAGGCACUCUUUUCAAUGGAUGUAUGUGCCUAAUGGUAUGAUAACUGAUUAUGCGAUGGCUGUACAAUGUCCAUGUAUGUCAUCAAAAUACAGUAGAACCUCUCUGUCAAGGACACUCUUGGGACUGGCAGAUUCUGUCCUUCAUAGAGAGGUGUCGUCAUUACAGAGAUCACAUUUAAUGGAGUUGACCAGAGGUUUUUUUGGGGGAAGGUUACUCCGCAUUCGUUCAACUAAACCUUUUCACUUUUAAAUAUAUCACACAGAUGGUGUUGUAGAGGUGAUAUUGGAGUAGGCCUAUGUAAUCGAUGUUAAUUGAGGUGUAGUAUAGAGGAGACAAAGCCACGAGAGAAUAGAUAUUUUGUGUAUCAUGUAUUUUUAUAGUGAAUUGUUAAAAUUUGAUAGGAAAGUACAUUUUGUCCUGCAAAGACGAUUAUACAUUGUCCAAACAGGAACACCUCGCAACAAAAUAUUGUCAAGUUUGUUAGUGAUUUUUGUACCCAUUUGGCUUUGAAGACGUAUGUUUUUAUAUCUCACGUAUUCCGAAUAGUCACAUUCAAUGAAUGUCUUUUAUCAUGCACUGGUUUUAAUUGGACCAAUGUUGUACAUGGACCAGAGUUGUGAGCUGUUUUAUCAAGCAGUAUAGCAACUCAAUAGCCGCUCGAGGGUAGCGUAUCGUACCUCGACACAUGACAAAUUUUAUUCAAUUGUAAAUUAUUAUUAAUUGCUUAAUUAAUGUUCAAUGAUUUUUCCUUUGUGCAUGGAUUUCAAAAUGUCUGUAUUAUAUUCGUAACUAGUCAUUAAUCUGUAAAUGUUGGCACAAGUUGGGCUGUAGAAACUUAUGUCAAUUCUAAUGAGUACAAUGUACUGUCCUAUGUAAAAAGGCUGUCCAUUAUCUACCAAGGCUUGUAGUUGCUCUUGAGUUCAAACAGUGUAGUAUGUCAUAUGUACAAUUCCAGUUCAAAUGUGGAAUAGGUGGAGCUCAGUAUGCAGACGUGCCUCGAGAAAUACCCCCACUUACGAAGUCUAUCAUCAUGUUAACGACAACGAUUCCUUGUCUGGGUUAGAAAUCUUGGCUCGUAGUUUCUAAUGGUCUACCAUUUUCUUACCCUGUGUACAUAAUGGACUGCUCGGACAUGGACAUGAGUUCGAUAGUACCAGUGAAUUGUUUUUUAAUCCAUUCAUUGAUUGUGUGUUAGCAGAACAGGCCUACAUGUAUUUAUUACCUCGCAAACCAUUGUAUGAACCACAAUAGACAGUCAUGUCAGCGUUUUGUGUGAAUUCCUACCAAGUUGGUGGGCCUUGGUUGUCAAAUCAAGACCACUCGAGUAGAACAGAACAUCAUGGAGGCAUGAGCUGAGGUCUUUGGAUGUAUUGAGGUUACUCUACUGUCAGAUUUUUGCGAGUGUUUUAUUUUUACAAUUUUUGCGACAAACAUGACAUAUGGCUCUGCUAGCAUUACGGGGUUUGCAGUAUUGUCCUUUCAACAAAGUUACAGCUUACAGCUCUUUGUGAUAGUAAACUCUCCUAUCACAAUACGUGAUACAAACAUGUCAUUCAUUGAUCAAAAUGAUAGGCAUCACAUUUUGAACCAACACUGUCAACACUUUUGAAGGGAAGGUAAUAAACUUUCAUUGUUCUCUAACAGUCAACAUUCAUAAUGAUCACUCAGGCAUCACAGAUUAAAAUACGCUUAUGAAAUUAGUAUUCCCCUGAUAGCAAGAGAUGGGCUACUUCUCAAAUUAUGCAAUAUUGUAAAACUAUGUUAUAAGUGUUUAUCGACUGUAUGUUAUCGGAACAAACACACAGACAUUUUUUUGCGACACGUGUCAAAAGAUGAAUUAGUUUAGUGUUUGUGUUCCUUCCAAAUUUAUAUUUUACAUGUAAUUUUUUUGUCAGAUAUUCCUAAAUUUUUUGACAUAGCUGCUGAUUUUAUGCCCUGUUGAUGUGACACGUACUUGUCUAUGAACCCAUAGCUUUGAUGCUCAGGGCUUCCUCCAAGCUUGACAUCCAACUUUAGCCAGGUAAUACCCAAUACUCUCAUCACUGAUGCAGAUUGACCUGAUCCUCCAAAACUCAAAAGUCGAACUAAACCAUCUAGUGGUCGUCAGUUGAGAAAGGGUUAAAGGUAUUGUUUAUGAUUCAGACUAAAACUGUAAUAAACGCAUUUGACGAAAAUGAAUUCCUACAUGUAAAUGCUGAUGUUUUGAUGAUUUUGAAAUAUUUUACUGCUUUUCAUUGCCCUUUCGGAGUAUAAUGUCUGCUUUCAAUAGCAACUGUCCUACUACACAUCUUUUCUGAUUAUGGAAUUUGGUGCAAGUAAGAUCUCAUUAAAAUCUCCUCUAGUUCAUGUUGACUUGGGCACUUUUCUUCAAGGAGUACGGCACUUCAUGCCAGUGACAGUAACCUUACUUGUAUCUUGAUGAACAUGGUAAUGGUUUGCUUGUAUUGCCCCCUUUUGGUAGUACAAUAAAUCAAAGACAUUGCCCCACCACAUCAUAUCAAUGGCAAAUUAUUCUGUAUUUAUACAUUAUCAUUAUUAGAAAAUGUAUACAACUUAUACAGAAUAAAGUUUUGAAUAUUA